AAUAGCUCCACCACAUUGUAGCUCUUCUUCCAUCACAGAUUCUUCUUCCUCUCUCACCACCGAUUUAGUUUCAAGGAAUCUUGCAAGGAUUGAGUAUACAUUAUUUGGAUAAACUAAUAUGUGUUGAACGGAAGAUCAAUGGCGCAGCAUCUGUUGCACGGGACUUUGCACGCUACCAUCUAUGAAGUUGAUGCCCUCCACACUGGUGGUCUCAGGUCUGCAGGCUUCCUUGGCAAGAUUAUAUCAAAUGUUGAAGAGACAAUUGGUUUCGGCAAAGGAGAAACACAGCUCUACGCAACGAUCGAUCUACAAAAAGCUAGAGUUGGUAGAACCAGGAAGAUCACAGACGAGCCCAAGAACCCAAAGUGGUAUGAGUCCUUCCACAUCUACUGUGCCCACAUGGCUUCAGACAUCAUCUUCACCGUUAAAGACGAUAACCCCAUAGGAGCCACACUCAUCGGGAGAGCGUACGUCCCUGUCGACGAAGUCAUCAACGGCGAGGAAGUAGAAAAAUGGGUUGAGAUCCUGGACGACGACAGGAACCCAAUCCACGGAGAGUCCAAGAUUCACGUCAAACUCCAGUACUUCGCCGUUGAGGCGGAUCGAAACUGGAACAUGGGAGUCAAAAGCGCUAAGUUCCCUGGAGUGCCUUACACGUUCUUCUCCCAGAGACAGGGCUGCAAAGUUUCUUUGUACCAAGGCGCUCAUGUUCCGGAUAACUUCGUCCCCAAGAUUCCUCUCGCUGGUGGGAAGAACUACGAGCCUCACAGAUGCUGGGAGGAUAUUUUCGACGCGAUAACCAACGCGAAACAUUUGAUCUACAUUACUGGAUGGUCUGUUUACACUGAGAUCACUUUGGUGAGAGACUCGAGGAGGCCUAAACCAGGAGGUGAUAUGACUCUCGGCGAGUUACUUAAAAAGAAAGCUACCGAAGGCGUUAGGGUUCUGUUACUUGUGUGGGACGACAGAACCUCCGUUGAUGUUUUAAAAAAAGACGGUCUCAUGGCUACUCACGAUGAAGACACUGAGAACUACUUCAACGGUAGCGAAGUGCAUUGUGUGUUGUGUCCACGUAACCCUGACGACGGUGGUAGCAUAGUCCAAAACUUGCAAGUCUCAGCCAUGUUCACGCACCACCAGAAGAUCGUAGUUGUGGACAGCGAGGUGCCGAGCCAAGGAGGAGGGUCGGAGAUGAGGAGGAUCAUGAGCUUUGUCGGAGGUAUUGAUCUCUGCGACGGACGUUACGACACUCCUUUCCACUCCUUGUUCAGGACGUUGGACACGGUGCACCACGAUGACUUCCAUCAGCCUAACUUCACCGGUGCUUCGAUCACCAAAGGUGGUCCUAGGGAGCCUUGGCAGGACAUCCACUCUCGUCUCGAAGGUCCAAUCGCUUGGGAUGUUUUGUACAACUUCGAGCAGAGAUGGAGCAAGCAAGGUGGUAAAGACAUUCUCGUUAAGUUGAGAGAGCUUAGUGAUAUUAUCAUCACUCCUUCUCCUGUUAUGUUCCAAGAGGAUCACGACGUGUGGAACGUCCAGCUCUUUAGAUCUAUAGACGGUGGAGCUGCCGCUGGGUUUCCUGAUUCACCUGAAGUAGCUGCUGAAGCUGGUUUGGUAAGUGGUAAGGACAAUGUCAUUGACAGGAGUAUCCAAGACGCUUACAUUCACGCCAUAAGACGUGCUAAAGACUUCAUCUAUAUCGAGAACCAGUACUUCCUUGGAAGCUCCUUUGCUUGGGCUGCUGAUGGUAUCACUCCUGAAGACAUCAAUGCCCUGCAUCUGAUCCCAAAGGAGUUGUCUCUCAAGAUCGUUGACAAGAUCGAGAAAGGAGAGAAGUUUAGGGUUUAUGUUGUGGUUCCGAUGUGGCCUGAAGGUAUCCCGGAGAGUGCAUCGGUGCAAGCUAUAUUGGAUUGGCAGAGGAGGACCUUGGAGAUGAUGUACAAGGAUGUUACUCAGGCUCUCAGGGCUCAGGGGUUGGAGGAAGAUCCUAGGAACUAUCUGACGUUCUUCUGCCUUGGAAACCGCGAGGUUAAGAAAGAAGGAGAGUAUGAGCCUGCGGAGAGACCAGACCCUGACACAGACUAUAUGAGGGCGCAAGAGGCACGUCGCUUCAUGAUCUACGUCCAUAGCAAAAUGAUGAUUGUUGACGAUGAGUACAUUAUCGUCGGGUCUGCUAACAUCAACCAGAGGUCAAUGGAUGGUGCAAGGGACUCUGAGAUAGCAAUGGGAGGGUAUCAACCACAUCACUUGUCACAUAGACAACCAGCUCGUGGCCAGGUCCAUGGGUUCCGUAUGUCACUCUGGUACGAACACUUGGGAAUGCUCGACGAGACGUUCCUAGAUCCCUCGAGCUUGGAAUGCAUUGAGAAAGUUAACCGCAUUGCUGAUAAGUACUGGGACUUUUACUCAAGCGAGUCACUGGAACAUGACCUUCCUGGUCACUUGCUGCGCUACCCGAUUAGUGUGGACAAUGAAGGUAAUAUCACUGAGCUUCCAGGAUUUGAGUUCUUCCCAGACUCAAAGGCCCGUAUCCUCGGAAACAAAGUAGACUACCUGCCUCCAAUCCUUACAACUUAAGCUCACUGUCUCUACAUUGCUGCUGCAGUAGCUUUGAAUAAAUUGAGUGUCUCUCUCUCUAUCUACUACCUUUAGAUCCUAAUAAGUUGGUGUGAUGAUAAGCACUUUUGUACUCCUUUAAUUUGGUUUUAUGUUCGUACAAUGACAUGGUGAUGAUGUAGCUUUGUGAUCUUUAUCUACCUUCUUUAUGUUCUUAUGUAUCGUACAACUUAUAUUUGAUCUAAGUUUUGCUUA